ACCAUACGUGUGCUACACCAGCUCUACUACACUUGCCAUCCAUGCUGACAGCUUAACUCCUUGCUGAGAUCUCCGAGAACUUCCCUCAGUCUCUGCGCUCCGCUUGUUAGAGGUAGACACAUAGCUGCAUCAUGUGUGGACGCUUCGCACAAAGCUUUGCAGCUGAUGAGAUUGCUCAGCACCUCGCCAAUGUCGACCUAGCCAUUGACGAAUCGCGAGACAUGCAAGCGCUCCAUCCCUCAUUCAACGUCGCUCCGACCACAACGCAAGCAGUCUAUCGACGCGAUCGCACAAGCGAGCAUGAGUUCGGUGAGGGACACACGGCAGGUCACGUCACCAAGCAUGUCCUGCAAGGCAUGCGUUGGGGACUCAUUCCAUUCUGGACGAAGCGCGCUCCUGAUACAGCUGGUCAACUCAAGACAAUCAAUUGCAGGGAUGACUCACUCAAGGAGAACCGAGGCAUGUGGAACUCGCUCAAGGGUAGGAAGCGCUGUAUUGUGCCUGUGCAAGGGUACUUUGAAUGGCUCAAGAAGGGAACCACAAAGAUCCCACAUUUCACGAGGCAUACGGAUGGUCGCAUGAUGUUGUUGGCUGGUCUGUACGAUACUGUGCAGUACGAAGGUAGUGAGGAGGUCAUCCGAACCUUCACAAUCGUCACGACUGCCGCGAAUGACAAGCUAGCCUGGUUACAUGACCGUAUGCCAUUGAUUCUCGACAAGGAAGAGGCAAAAUGCUGGCUAGAUGAAGAUGCAUGGACGCCAGAGCUUGUUAGAAUGCUCAAACCCUUUUCAGGGGAUCUCGACUGCUAUCAGGUGCGCAAAGAGGUUGGCAAAGUCGGCACGAGCUCUGCAGAAUACAUCAUUCCCAUUGAUUCAAAGGAGAACAAGUCAAACAUUGCCAACUUCUUCAACAAGUCACCCGUCAAGAGUGCCAAGAGCAAUGGCUUGACGGAGAACAAUGCGCCAAUGCCUGACAUCAAACACCCCAUCCACGCUAAGUCCAAGGGGGUAGAAAUCGUCCCAGAAGGUGACUUGCCCUUCCAGUGCGUUCCUUCCAACCUUGAGUCUCGGCCACUCGAGACAAUUGAUGUCUGGACAACAAAUAUUCAAGCGAAGCAUUCCGGUAGACUAUUCAAGUUUAUUGCGAGUACGCUUCGCCAAGAUGACAAGGUGGAGCUAUCCCAUCUCAAGCGUAUGCGUCCACUUGAAGGCCAGAAUAAACGCGUCAAACUUGAAGAGGGAACCACUGCCAGACCUCAACAAGUCCAAGCAAUCUUGUGCAGCACAGAAUGCAAGACACAAGCAGAACUUCAGGCGCUCUUGACUGCCCAGGGAUUAGGGUAUGAACUUGAGAGGUGUGCUGUUCCUAAGUAUCCAGCUCUGACGCUCCAGCAGCUCGAAGACUGGCAAAAACACUGGCCACUCAACUGGCGACCACCAUCGCAACGUAGGGUUGUCAUGACGCAGCAGGAUCUGGCAACCUACGAACCAGUCAUGGAACAACUCAUGGCAUUUGCGCGUCAGCAAGCAGAGGAACAUACACAAGAACUGCCAAUUGCAGCCAUUGCAUGGGAUCCAGUCAAGCAAGUCGAGAUUGCACGCGUGUCUGAUAACCGCUCAUCGGCUGCUCACCCACUCAAGCAUUGCAUUUUGGAUCUCGUUGCAAGUGUCGCUGCACAUGAAGUGGCUCGACGUCUCGAACCAGGUGCGAGCGCUUCCCUUGGCUAUCUCUGCUCGGGUCUGUAUAUUUUCGUCACACAUGAACCAUGCACGAUGUGUUGCAUGGCGCUUCUUCACUCUCGGGUUUCACGCGUCUUUUAUGCAAAAACGAUGCCUAAUACAGGUGCGUUUGAAAGCAACUAUGGAUUACAUUGGCGACAGGAACUCAACCACCGAUUCCAAGUGUUUGGCGGUUGGCUACAAGAGCGUGCCGACUACAUUGACCCUGAUGCGUAUGUGUGAAACAAUAUUUCUUUAAUCCCUUGCGAAAGCAGGCGCUGACCCGAUAGCGGCAUAGAGGAGCGCGUUGUCGACUUGGAGGCAGAUGUGGCGUUGGAAGAGGAAUUGUUUGGCAAUCACCCACCGAGAUCGUUUGCGCAAAGUGAAUGCCCGGAAAAAGCAGAAGAAGAGGUUGAGAAGAAAGAGGAGGACAUCAAGCCGAUACAGCAUGCAGUUUCGCAACCACGAAGGGCGCGCGCAGCAUUGAAGAGGCGCGAACCGAAAAUGACGGAUUUCUUCCAUACAUAGAGCAUAGUAUCUUCUUUAGUGAAAGUUGCCCGCUGGAUCGCGUC